AUGUACGCAAUUGGAAAGAAGGUAAGUGAGAGCAGCCUCACUUUUGCAGAUGUCAUGCAACCGUGUCCAAGUUUUGCUGUGGAGGCGUACAUGGGCAAGAACAAGGACGAAGAGAUCGAAAAGAUUCCAUUGGCCAUUUUGGCCGAGACAAAGAUCGACUUGGGCAAAGCCAAGAUGAAUCAGACAUUUGCCCAAGCAUUCCAGGACAAGGAGUGGACCAACUACAUGCUGACAAGAUUCGAGGACAGUCAGAAACCGACUCAUCAAAAGUACUUCCAGUAUGUCAAACUGAUGAUCCAAGAGGACAGCCAACCCUCGACGUCCACAGUCAAGACCAAAGUGAAUACCAAGAAGAAGGAGGAAAUGAAGACUACCAGGUUGGGGAUGGUCAAACCUGUGGACGAGGAGGAGGAGGAGGAUUCAGACUGGGAAAGAAUGACUGGAGUGCCGACUCAGCAAAUGACAGAGAUUCAGAUCAACCAGAACGAGAUGGAAAGCCGCAUGGGACGCAUGGAAGAAGCUCUGGCACAGGUGAUCUCUCACCUUCAGCAGCUGUCAACUCAAGGUCUUCUGAUUCAGCCAAAAGCCGAGAUGUAG